UCUUAGUUUUGCCUGGUUGUUAACGAGGGAAUAGUAAAGUAUAAAUUGUAAUUUAUAUUAUUUGAGACAAUUUAUGUACAUACUGUGAGCGAGGCGAUAUGUCCGAUGAAAGCGAUUCAAUAGGUGACAACGAAAUCGAUCCAAUGGAGAACCAAAACAUAAUACCCCUCUUACCAAGCUACAAGCGUCAGAGCUACGUUUGGGGUUUCUUUAGUCCAGUGCCUGACCAUUCGGACGUAUUUAGGUGUAAGGUGUGCAGCGAAACGUUUGGCAACCGUACGCCCAUUCUAAGCCGACAUUUACAAACAGCGCACGGCAUCACGGAGCAUCAAGAGGAUGCCGUCAAAAAGGGUCGACCCAAUCGCAGUUUCGUUUGGAACUUUUGCACCAAGCUGGAUGAUAAGCGCGCCCUAUGUCAUAUAUGCAAAAAAGUGUUGUAUUUCGGUGGCGGCAACACCUCUAACAUAACAAAACAUUUGAGACGCAUGCAUGCCGAAAAACUGGAGGAGGUGGCAAAGCAUAUGCCUCGCAAUGUGCGUUGGGCCAUGGAACAGUCGGUCAAAAAGGAGCGCAGGGGUUCGAGCUAUGUGUGGAAUUACUGUGAAAAAUUGACCAAAAACACGGUGCUCUGCAAGUUAUGUAAUCGACGUAUGCGAUUCCAUGGCACGGCUAAUGUUAUAACGCACUUGCAACGUCGGCAUGACAUAAUGGAUGAAACGACGCCGGUGAAGAUCGAAGCGCCCGAUAAGGUACAGGAGGCAGCCACAUCCAGUACUAAUGAGAAUCCUAUGUUGCGCACCUGUCGCAGGACCAGCCUCAGCGGCAGCCUUGUUUGGAGAUACAUCACACGCAUUUCGGAUGAUACCGUACGCUGUCGAGUUUGCCUCAAGAACUUAUCAUAUCAAGGCACUAGCAAUCUGCAGCGGCAUCUGCAUCGUAUGCACAACAUUGCGUGGAACGGACAAGAACCAAUUGGCUUGAUCAAAGUGGAAGGACAUCAAUCGGAUGAUAAUUCAUUUUUCUCCUUUUGCGAAACCACCAGCGAUCCCAAUAUCUGGAAGUGCCAGAUGUGUGACGAGCACUUUGAGCACAAUGAGAACCUGGAGGAGAUCAUAAGCAAGCAUAUGAUUAAGAUUCACAGCGCUGCCAUGCGUGGAGAGGCGACUGAAGACUACGAAGAUGAUGAGGAAGAGGAGUUUGCCGCCAUCUAUACCGAAGUUGUUGCUGAAGACAGCAAUGCGGCAGCCGCUGCUGUUAGUGCGGGAGAUGCAACCGAGCAAGCGGAACUAACAAGCGCCCUUGCUGAGGAUGCGCUUUAUGAUGACCUAAUUGAAAUCGAGGAAGAUGUGCACCCCGUUGACGAGGUUGGCGAACAUUUAAUUGAAAAUAGCUUUCAUGCAGAUGCAUUGUUUGCGCAGUCCGGCGAAAACGUUGUUUCGGAUUAUAGCAAUGACAGCACCGACGCUCAGCUAGUGACUACAACCAUACAGGCUGAGGAUACACCGCUAAUGCGUGAGCUGAAGGAGGAUCUGUUGCGUCAGCAGGCAAUGUAUUUCAGUGAAAAGGCCGGUUUCUAUCGUAUGCAAAAGUUUCUCGUGGCGCAACAGGUGCGUAAAGAGCGAUUGGAAAUUGAGAAGCUCAAGGCCGGCCGGGAGCAACGGUAUCCAGAUAGCUAAUAUCUCAAACAGAGCCUUGUAC